GUACGAAUGGAAAGGCAAUAUAGAGGAAGAUAAUGAGGUUCUACUGAUGAUCAAAACUAGAAGCACAAAAGUGGUGGAUUUAGCUGCGUACGUGCGGUCGGUUCACCCCUAUGAGGUGGCUGAGGUGAUCAGUGUACCUAUUGAGCAGGGAAACCCACCCUACAUGAAGUGGUUGAGCGACACGGUGCCUGAAUAGGCAGAGCUGAGCUUGAAGCUCCCUCUACUCCCCCCUACCACUCUUUCCCCGUCCCCGCCUUUCCCCUCCACC